ACAGUAAUAUUAAUAGUUAAUAUUCUAUUGCAGGUUCCAACCACAUUUAGAUCUGGAAUUGUAGGAAUUGAGAGACGUUUGCAAGAAAAAGUGGAAAAUAAUUCUUCAAAUAUAAAUAUUGCAUUUCAAGACAUGCAAAAUCUAAUUGACAUGGCUAAAGAUAUGGUUCAACUAGCAAAUGUUAUGUCCAAUAAAAUUAAAGAUCGCCAAGGAGAUAUAAGCGAAGACGAAACCGUAAAAUUUAAAUCCUAUUUGUUGAGUCUUGGCAUUGACGAUCCAGUGACUAGAAAUUCUUGCUCUUCAAAUGAUGUCUUUUACCAUCAGCUAGCCAAAGAAAUUGCAUCCUUUUUGUUAAAAGCCAUUUCUGAUACUGGGGGGCUCAUGGCUAUGAGUGACGCUUAUUGCCGCGUAAAUCGAGCUCGUGGGUUAGAACUUCUCUCUCCCGAAGAUUUUUUUAAGGCGUGUAAUUAUAUGGAAAAACUUAAGUUGCCUAUAAUUUGCCGGAAGUUUGACAGUGGAGUGUUAGUUCUUCAACUUCAAUCCAAAACAGACUUCUUGCUUGAAAAAGAAGUGAGCAGGCUGUUACAGGCUAGGGAUAAACUCACAGCAUUGGAGGUUUCACAGGAAUUCCAAAUAUCUAUUGUGUUGGCCCAAGAACGUCUUUACUUCAUGGAAAGAAAUGGAUUGAUUUGUAGAGAUGAUACUGUUAGAGGCCUUGUCUUUUAUCCUAAUCUCUUCUCAAGUUCUUCUUAAUAAACAUUGAAAUAUGUGUAUAUA